AACGGCCGUUCAUUACUUGCUUAGUCAACUUUUGCACUAAUCGCGAUGGCGGAAGUGGAGAACAAGCAAGUGAUAUUCAAAGGCUACAUUGAUGGAGUUCCACAAGUGACGGAUUUCGAACUCAAAGUUGGGAGGAUUAAGCUCGAGGCUCCCAAUGGAUCCGGCCAUUUUCUCGUCAAGAAUCUCUUCCUUUCUUGCGAUCCUUAUAUGCGAGGCCGUAUGCGCGAUUUCCACGGUUCUUACAUUCCCCCUUUUGUUCCUGGCCAGCCAAUUGAAGGCUUUGGGGUUGCUGAAGUUGUGGACUCUGAUGACUCCAAUUUCAAGCCUGGUGACAUUGUUUCUGGCUUUACACGUUGGGAGGAUUACAGCUUAAUUAAUCAGGGAAGUUUUCAGCUGAGAAAAGUUCAGCCAGACGAUUUCCCUCUCUCAUUUCAUGUUGGUCUUCUUGGCAUGCCUGGAUUUACUGCUUAUGCGGGAUUCUUUGAGGUUUGCUCCCCGAAACAAGGCGAUUAUGUAUUUGUCUCCGCGGCAUCUGGAGCAGUUGGUCAACUCGUUGGCCAACUUGCGAAGUUGCAUGGUUGCUAUGUUGUAGGAAGUGCUGGAACAAAGCAAAAGGUUGAUAUUCUGAAGAGCAAGCUUGGAUUUGACGAAGCUUUCAACUAUAAAGAAGAGUCAAACUUGGAUGCAACUUUGAAAAGGUACUUUCCCGAAGGCGUAGACAUAUAUUUUGACAAUGUUGGCGGGGACAUGCUUGAUGCUGCACUAUGCAACAUGAGGGUUCAUGGUAGGAUUGCUGUCUGUGGGGUGAUAUCUCAGACCAGCAUCUCCAAUCCAAAAGGAAUCACCAAUCUGUGGAAUCUCAUAACGAAGCGUGUGAACAUGAAGGGAUUUCUACAAAGCGACUACUUGGACUUAUUUCCCCGUUUCUACGACGAGGUUAGUAACUACUACAAGCAGGGAAAGAUUGUUUACGUUGAAGAUUUGAAGGAAGGCUUGGAAAAUGCUCCAGCUGCCUUUGUAGGACUUUUCUCUGGAGAUAACUUAGGCAAACAAGUAGUUCGUGUAGUCCAUGAAUGAUUUUCGCCAUCGGUCGUUGCAUUGCAUGAACUUACAGCAUUUAACAGAAUUUGUAGCUUCUUAAAACUUAGAUUCAUAUUAUUCCUGAAUUCUGUAAAGCAUGACAGGACUGAAUUCUUGCUUCUGGGCAUUCUUAUACUAUUCAUGGUUGAAAUAUUUGUUCUCCUGAUGAACAAUACUCAUCGACCGUUGCAUGAACUUACA